UUCUGCCUGCUACGCCGCAGAGGAUGCUGGGAAAUGUUGUCAUUAAGGAGAGUUUGGAGCCGAGGUGAAAUGUGUCUCUUAAAAAUGUGAAUACGACAACGAAGACCUCUUCUGUUUUUAACGUCACAUGCAUCUUUUUUUCCCCAAGUCAUCCAGAAUUCCUCUUUAGCGCGACCUUGUGGAUGCUGCCAGCAGACAAACAUGGAGGACAUACGCGCUCAGAUGUCCUUCUUUUCCAGCCCGGUGUACGGUCGAUACUGGCAGCACUACCAGCAGGCGAUGGCGUGGCAGCAGAGGCACAGGCGAGCUUACCAAAAGGCCCUAGAGGCCGCUUACGGCCCCUUCGACCGGCCCCAGCGCCGUCCCGACACCCAAGAGCGCUACGCUGACUGGCACGCCAGCAAAAGUGACAGCGAAGAAGAAGAGGAGAGCCGCUCGGACUGCGAGAUUGAAUGCGACGUCAGCAACAUGGAGAUCAGCGAGGAGCUUCGGCAGUAUUUUGCCCAGACGGAGAAACACAGAGCAGAGUUAAGGAAGCAGCAGCAAAUUGAAGCAGAGCGACAUGACAGCUACGUCCCGGCCGACCAGGACCUGCGCAGCGUCUCCUGGCGAACCAGCGCGGCCCCGCCCUGCGAGCGGCCAGGCGAGAGGCGUCGGGCUGAGAUGAAGAAGCUGUACGGCGAGGACGCCGCCAAGAUCCUGGCCAUGGAGACGUCCAUGCAGCUCACUUUUGACAGGAACUGUGACCUCAAGCAGCCCAAGUACUGGCCUGUCAUUCCUCUCAAGCUUUAGCAGUCAGACUGGGCCGUGGAGGGUGUUUUUUAAAUUAUUUGGCACAUUAUAAGCACAAGUUUUUAAUUACCAGCCCUUAAAUAAUGCCAUGUGCACUGCCUUCCAGAGACGCUUCAAGAGACUUCCUGUGACAUCUCCCAGGUGAUGGAUGACGUACAGUAGAGGUUCAAACAAGUGCCUACACGCAUGUUUCUCUUGAUGCGUUUUUGUUUGCGCCCCCAGCUGGCUAAUGUUUCAUGGUGCAGUAGUUCCUCUAAUGCCUGUCAACUCAGUUCAACCACACAAAACACACAAGAAGCUCUCUUGCAUGACUGGUUCCAAAAGUCCACAUUUGAACAUGCGCCAGCAGCAGAGCUUUGUAACAUCUCUAAACUGGAACAUACACUGCGACUAUUUGCCUUUGACCUGUCUUUCUAAUAAAGUUAUCAUUAAA